AAGCUCUGUGCGAGGCAGCUCGAAUCAGUGGAAAAUGGGCAAAAAUGGCUCUACGCAUCGGCUUGGACACGCGUCUGCCAAGCGAGAAGUUGACUGCAGGAGCACUGUCGACAACGUCUGAUGUUAAGAACAUCACUGGCGGCUGUUGAUUUGUACACACUUGAUUUUAUUGAUGAAGAUGCUAAUCAUAGAAUCACAGUGAAACAAACUACAAUAUUUAUUUCUUUGAUAAAUACGAUGAAGUUGAAGAACACCUGUCAUGUAUCAUCCAUCAUAGACCACACUAUCUUCUCCAGCUGACUGUCUAAGAAGUUUUGUCCAGCUCUGCAGCCACAGAGGCCUUUCGUUCUGGACAGUCGAU